CUCGGACACCGACGAUCCCUAAUCCCUCAGUCGGAACCUUGGCGGGUUCUUCUGCAGCACCAUGACAGAUAGUGCGUCGUCGCCACAGCCUAUAUGCAGCCAGGAUCUGGCGCAUAGGUAGCGCGAGGAGCUAUUGGAACGAGCGCCCGGGGAGGAAGCAAUAAUCGGGGAUGGUUAUUACUCCUGAUUAUCUCCAUUGUUCGUUCGAGAUAUUUCCGACGCCCUGCAGCCAUGUCUCCGCGGCUAGCCCGGAGGAGAAGAGGGAUUUGACAAUCAAUUAUCCAAUAGUAAUUAUGAAAAAAAAUAUUGGCAUCGCAGAGGGGCGCCCUCUCGAACCCCAGUUUCGGCGUCGAAAUGAGACACUCUUAGCUAAGGAUCCGCCUACGGGUGUCAACUUUUCUCAACCAUGGCUCAUGGACGCCGCCGCCGCAACACCACCGAGUGUAUUUUACAUAGCACGAUACAUAUCUAGACUAGACCAGACCACGAUCGCGUGCGACGCCCCAGUGGCAAGCAACCACGACGAUCCAUGCAAGGUGCAUCUUUGCUUCUCCCUGUCCAUCAUUCCCAAAACAGGUAGACGUUAUGACCUCCGGGGCCUAUCACGAUCGAUCCGCUCGGAUACUCCAUGGUCGCCUUCCAGUCCAACUGCAUCGGGGAGGUGCUGUAUCCCUCCUUUUAAGGUUUUCCUAUCUACACCUGGGCGGGACGAUCGUGACCCGGUGCCAUUGAAGUCAUUUCUCGGAUUGUUCUCCCAGUUUCCGACCCAAAGUUGAGGGCCUCCCUAGGCGGCUUUCUGGGCCUAUCAUAGACGGCGCAGCGCCAGCUUGAUCCCGGGCGACGACGCUGUGCGCAUGGACAGACCAAGCGCCUGCAAUUUGAACCUAUUUAUAAAUGUUUGUGGACUCCCCGCGGUCGUCGGGGUCAGUGUCUUGCUCCAUGUUGUUUCUUCCUGUUUGAAGAGGCUGCAUUGACCACUGGCACGCCAUGACUGUCAGUCAUCCCAAGGAUGUUUUGAACACCAUCAAUUUCGUCACACAAUGUUUGUGUAUUCCGAUCAUUAGCGUAUUCGUUCUCUUGCGUUUCUCCAUCCGUAUCUACUACAAACAGUUCGUAGGUGUGGAAGACUGUACG